AUGCCCGAUUUCUUUGUCUCGGCGCCCGGGAAGGUCAUCUUGUUUGGGGAGCACUCGGCCGUAUAUGGAAAGCCCGCAAUUGCGGCGGCACUUUCGCUCAGGGCGUACCUUUUGGUUCAGAGAAGCGCGGAUCCCGAUGAAAUCGUGUUGGAGUUCCCAGACAUCGGGCUCGUGCACAAAUGGACCACCAAAGACAUGCCCUGGGACGAGCUUGCGGCAGCCGUGCCGCGGAAAAACGGCGGCCCGGCUGCCACCGACGAGUUGGUGCCGGAGCUUUUGGAUCUAGCCGCCGACCUCCUUGUGGACUGCAAGCUGGAGCUCCAUUACACGGCAUGCCGGUGCUUUUUGUACUUGUACUUCAAUCUCUGCGGCCCAAAUGUGCGUGGGCACCGUUUCUGCAUACGCCUGACGUUGCCCAUCGGUGCCGGGCUCGGGUCCCUGGCGUCUACAGCGGUGUGCCUCGCGGCUGCAUUGGCGACGCUAGGCGGGCACGUGGGGCGGCCGGUGCAUGGGGCGUCGGACGUGGUUCUCCGUAAGGAGCUGUCUGACGCUGAGCUCAUUGAUGCUUGGUCGUUCAUGGGCGAGAAGUGCUUUCACGGCAACCCCUCGGGCAUCGACAACGCUGUGGCCACACACGGCGGUGCCGUGUUGUACCAGCGGAUGGCUGACCCCAGCACGCCGCUGAUCCGCACAAGCAUCCGAAACUUUGCGGCGUUGCGGCUUCUACUCAUAAACACCAGAGUGCCGCGCAGCACGGCGCAUUUGGUGGGGAAUGUGGCCAGCCUCGUGGCUAAGCACGCCAAGUCCACGGCGGCUAUCUUGGACGCCAUGAGCCACGUUGCCACGGAUGCAUACCAGCUCAUGAUGUCGCCCUCGCCUGACAGAGCUAGUUUGCGCGAGCUCGUGGACAUCAACCAUGGUCUCUUGGUCGCACUUGGUGUGUCGCACCCAAGCCUCGAAGAGGUUCGUGUCAUCACUGAGAGACACCAGCUCGGUGCCACAAAGCUCACUGGAGCAGGUGGGGGUGGGUGCGCCAUCACCGUGGUAGACGACGCCGUCUCCGAAAGUGACCUUGACAGCGUAUCAAAGGAGCUUGCGGCGAAAGGAUUCGAGACCUUCCAGGCCAUGCUUGGCGGCAAGGGCGUGGGCAUGCUCAGUGCGGACGACUGCGCAGACACGUCGAUUUUCACUGCGGAGAGUCUCGCUGCUUACGAGUCCAGAGAACACAUUGAGCAGCGCAUUGGGGCAUCGGCUGUGCCCGGGUGGAAAUUCUGGUGA